GCUUUUUCUGUGAGAGCAAAAUUUAUCAAUCCGUGCGGAAUACGGUAUGAUGGAGACAACUGCAGAGAGUUCCGAAAACCACCCUGUAGUGCAGGAGACUGAAAAGGGGACUGCCGCCAUCAAGACACAGUACCUGACAACCAAAGAACAGUUCCAUGCAUAUUUGGAUUCUAGUGGGCAGGGUCAGAGAGAUGACCGUGUUCACAAAGACGAAGCCAAGGAUGGCGCCAGUGGUGCAGAAGAGAGUUGUGUCGAUGAACCAGAAAAGAAAAAAAUGAAAUUAGAUGAUGUACAUACUGAGGAUGGGAAACAGGACAAAAAGAAAAUGAGAGGCCAGAACAAGUCUAGGCCACACAUGAAACCACAAAGUUAUGAUAACAAGAGGCUUUGUCCCUCGAUAUCUCAGGAACGUGAAAACAAAUGUUUUUAUGGAGACAAAUGUAAGUUCGUCCAUGACCUAUCUGAGUACAUGGCCUCAAAGCCAGCAGAUGUUGGAGAGGAGUGCUACAUUUUUAACACUUUUGGCAAGUGCCCUUAUGGUGUGACUUGCAGAUUUUCAAAGGCACACAUAGGUCCUGACUUUAAGAACCUGGUGAAUGAGGAACUUGUGAAGAAAAAUGCAGAGAGAAUUGCUGUGAAGAACAGCCUUGACAAGGACUUGCAGAAGCGUCUUCGGAAGAGGCAAGUGACCUUCAAAGCCUCUGAAGAAUACUUGAAGACCAUUGGCAAAGCGCAGAAUAAAGCAGACAAUGGGAAGAAUGCUGUCGCCACAAAGCAGAUCACAGAUGGUUGUGCAGCUGAGGAGCAAAGUGAAUGUUGCCUCAAAGAUGAUGUUGUGGGAGACAUUCAGGAAACAAAGGAUUGCAAAUCACAGCAAGCUCCUGUGAAGACCAUAGGGCCAUUAACUGAUGUUGAUCUCAUCAAAUUACGCCCUUGUGAGAAGAAGCAGGUGGAUUUCAGAGACAAGCUUUACUUGGCCCCUCUAACAACUUGUGGAAAUCUCCCAUUCCGUCGCAUAUGUAAGCGUUUCGGUGCUGAUAUCACUUGCGGUGAGAUGGCUAUGUGCACCAAUCUUCUGCAAGGCCAGUCGUCAGAAUGGGCUCUCCUCAAAAGACAUGAGAGCGAGGACAUUUUCGGUGUGCAGCUAGAGGGAUGCUUUCCUGACAGCAUGACCAGAUGCGCAGAACUGCUUAAUAGGAACAUUGAGGUGGAUUUUGUGGAUAUCAAUUCUGGCUGUCCCAUUGAUCUUGUGUAUAAGAAGGGUGGGGGCUGUGGUCUGAUGACACGCACCAACAAAUUUGAACAAAUUGUCAGAGGAAUGAACACAGUCCUUGAUGUCCCUCUAACUGUCAAAAUCCGUACAGGAGUUCAGGAAAAGGCAAACAUUGCCCACAAACUCAUUCCUGAAAUGAAGAAGUGGGGGGUGUCACUCAUCACAUUGCAUGGCAGAUCCCGGGAGCAGCGUUACACAAAGUUGGCUGACUGGGACUACAUAGAUACUUGUUCCAAACUGGCCAGUCCGAUCCCCCUAUUUGGUAAUGGAGACAUUCUAUCCUAUGAGGAUGCGAUGAAAGCAAGGGAGACUGGGGUGUCUGGUGUGAUGCUGGCUAGAGGAGCUCUGAUCAAACCUUGGAUCUUCACCGAGAUAAAGGAGCAGAGACACUGGGACAUAUCAUCCAGUGAGCGCCUGGAUAUACUAAAGGAUUUCACACAUUUUGGAUUGGAGCACUGGGGUUCAGACACUCAGGGUCUGGAGAAGACCAGGACCUUCCUCUUGGAGUGGCUUUCAUUCAUGUGCAGAUACAUCCCAGUUGGUCUGCUGGAACGAGUACCUCAAAAGAUCAAUGAACGUCCUCCGUAUUAUAUGGGUCGAGAUUACCUCGAGUCCCUCAUGGCUAGUCAGCAUGUAGGAGACUGGGUCAAAAUCAGCGAAAUGUUACUUGGACCUGUGCCCCAAAACUUCAGUUUUCUUCCUAAACACAAAGCCAAUGCUUACAAGUGAAUUUAUUUUGGCAUUGUUUUUUGGUUUGUUUGUUUUUUUGAUGCAAGUCAG